CUGGCUCAGGAACAGCGCCGAAGCUUGGGAAGAACGAAGCGUGCGAGGGCCAGAACGAUAUACCCCGCGAUCCCGACUUUCGCUCUCUCUACAACCUCUGCCACAAUCCCUCAACAUGGCUCCCUCUAACAAGCGCAAGCCCGUCGACGACGAUUUCGUCCACACCAUCUCCGACAAUGACGAAGACAUCAUCCAAGAGGAGGCCCCCGUCGCAGCGCCCCCCAAGAAAAAGGUGAAAACCUCCAAGAAAUCGAAAAAGGCCGCUGCGAGGGAGGACACCCCCGAGGAAGAAGUAAAUGAGGGCAUCUGGGGCGCAAAGGACGAGGACGAUGGCGCCAUGGACUCGGAUUUUGAGUUUGCGCAAGACGGUGCCGUCGAAUUCGGCGACGCGGAGCUCGAGGGCUGGGGUUUCGAGGGUGCAAAGAAGUCGAUGAACAGUAACACAACACUCGGUGUCGACCUGGACGAAAUCAUCCGCAGGAGGCGCUCAAAGAAGGACGGCAAUGACAAGCCGGAAGAGGCACAAGAGGAGGCCGUCGACGACGAGGUUGAAAACGACAUGGAUGUGGACAUCGACCUCGAUGACGAUGACGACGAAGUCCUGGCCGACGACGCCUUCGGCAUGGGCAUAGACCCCGACGCUAAGCAAUCCGGAUCCGAAGACGAGGGUUCUGACGCGGACGAGGCCGGUGACGACGACGACGAUGCAGCAUCAGACAACGACUCCGUUGCGACGCCCGUCGACCACCCCGAGGACAAUCGCGAUUCGGACGACGACGAGGAAGAGGAGGACGCCGAGGAGCAGGCCAAGCGCGACGCCUUCUUCGCCCCCGAGGAGCCAGCGAAACCUGGCAAGAAAGAUACCGCGUCGUCCUUCCAGGCCAUGUCGCUGUCGCGCCCUCUGCUGAGAGGUCUCGCCGCCGUUGGUUUCUCCAAGCCGACGCCCAUCCAGGCCAAGACCGUUCCCAUUGCGCUGAUGGGCAAGGACGUUGUUGGUGGCGCUGUGACGGGUUCCGGAAAGACGGCCGCCUUCGUCGUCCCCAUUCUCGAGCGUCUUCUGUACAGACCCAAGAAGGUGCCGACCAGCCGCGUCGUCAUCCUCACGCCGACACGUGAACUGGCCAUCCAGUGUCACGCCGUUGCCACCAAGCUGGCCGCUUACACCGACAUCAAGUUCACCCUGGCCGUUGGUGGUCUGAGUCUCAAGGCCCAGGAGGUAGAGCUGAGGCUUCGUCCGGACGUCAUCAUUGCCACGCCCGGUCGUUUCAUCGACCACAUGAGGAACUCUGCCAGCUUCAACGUCGACACGGUGGAGAUUCUCGUGCUGGACGAGGCCGAUCGCAUGCUUGAGGACGGUUUCGCCGACGAGCUGAACGAGAUCCUGACGACGCUGCCCAAGUCCAGACAGACGAUGCUCUUCUCUGCGACGAUGACGUCAUCUGUCGACAAGCUCGUGCGCGUGGGAAUGAACAAGCCGGCCAGAGUCAUGGUUGAUUCGCAGAAGAACAAGACGGUCGGCACCUUGGUGCAGGAGUUUGUCCGACUGCGCCCUGGCCGCGAGGACAAGCGCAUGGGCUACCUCGUCCACAUCUGCAAGACAAUGCACACGGAGCGUGUCAUCGUCUUCUUCCGCCAAAAGAAGGAGGCUCACCGCGCGAGAAUCAUCUUUGGUCUGCUCGGCAUGUCCUGCGCCGAGCUUCACGGCAGCAUGAACCAGGCUCAGAGAAUUGCCAGUGUCGAGAAUUUCCGUGACGGCAAAGUCAACUACCUCCUGGCGACGGAUCUGGCUUCGCGUGGUCUCGAUAUCAAGGGCGUCGACACGGUCAUCAACUACGAGGCACCCCAAAACAUUGAGAUUUACGUGCACAGAGUCGGACGUACGGCGCGUGCCGGCAGGACGGGUAUCGCCAUCACGCUGGCGGCCGAGCCGGAUCGCAAGGUGGUCAAGGCGGCGGUCAAGGCAGGCAAGGCGCAGGGGGCCAAGAUCAUGAGCAGGGUGAUCGAGCCGACGGAGGCGGACAAAUGGCAGGCGCAGGUGGACGAGAUGGCGGACGAGAUCGAGGAGAUCAUGGUGGAGGAGAAGCAGGAGAAGCAGUUCGCGCAGGCAGAGAUGCAGGUGCGCAAGGGAGAGAACAUUCUGCAGCACGAGGCGGAGAUCAAGGGGCGGCCCAAGAGGACGUGGUUCGAGACGGAACAGGACAAGAAGAAGGCCAAGGAGGCGGGGCGCGAUGAGCUCAACGGGCCCAAGGGCAAGAAGCAGAAGCUCAGCAACAAGGACAAGAAGAAGCUCGACGCCAAGGCGAUGCGCAGCGAGGAUAAGGUGUGGAAGAAGGGCCGGGCCGAGCGGGCGGGACAGGGCGCGGUGCUGAAUCUCAAGAAGCAGCCCAAGAAGAAGAACGUACCGGCCAAGGGCAGGACGAGGGCGAAGCUGGCCCGCGAGAGGCGGUGAUUUUAUCUGAUUUGUAGGUAUUUGGGGUGUUGUAAAACGAAAAGGACGAGAGAGUUGCUUAGACGAAAAAUACCAUGUGGGAAAAUACUAUUUUAAUAUCUUGGC